AUGUCACUCGUCCACCUCUCAAACGUGUGCUCGCAUCUCCAAAAUGCCUCCAAGGCCCGCCUGGGCCUAACGUCCGUCCCCUCCUCCAACAUGAUCCUCCGGCUCACACUCGCGCUACAAACCUCCGGCUUCCUGUCAACGGUAGCACGCGGCGGCCUUACUCCUCCACCUUUCGACGCCCUGUCUACGUACGUCCCCGAACCCGUCACACAAGAGAAUAUCAGCACGCGGCGGUUGUGGCUCGGCUUAAAGUAUUGGAACAAUGAGCCCGUGUUGAGCCAGAUGAGUAUGGUGAGCAAGCCUACAAAGCGGAUUUGGAUGGAUGUCGAGGGUCUGGGGAGGAUCGUCCGCGGAAGGGAGGCCGGGUUUGUGAAGGGGCUGACGAAGCCCGGGGAGUGUAUGUUUAUCAGUACGGAUAGGGGGAUUUUAGAGGCGAGAGAAUGCGUGGAGAGGAAGGUUGGAGGGAUGCUGUUAUGUAGAGUUUUGUAG